CACUAACUGACACUAAAAAAUAACUUUCAAAAAAUAAAUUUAUAUCACAUAUUAUUUUCAAUACACAAUUUAAUUAGUGAUUAGAUUAGACAAUUAAAACUUCAUAUUUUUUUGUUGUUGGUUUAAUUUACCGGUUCAUCCAAACAGACAAAACUUAACUAAAAAAAGUUUUUUCCCAGUUUUUAUAUCAYAUAUAUGAGUGGUUUUUUUGGACGACUAUUCGGCGGCGGCAACGGCACCCAUACUAUGGCAUCAAAUAGUGACGACGACGACAACGAURYGGAGGCCAUGGAUGUGGACAACGAUCGGCGCCACCAUCAAGAAGUAGUGGUGGCCAACAACACGAAGAAAAGCCAUACCGAGUCGGUAGACGACGACAUGGCCGUAUCAGUCGAUAGUAGUGACGUCGGUAGCGGAAAAUCGGGUCCCCGAUUCAAAGUGACCAAAUUUUCGUCGGUAGCCCUCUGGGCCUGGGAUAUAGCCGUCGAAAACUGUGCCAUUUGUCGCAAUCAUAUUAUGGAACACUGUAUCGAAUGUCAGGCCAAUGUCGACAGUCCCGUAGCGCUGGAGUGUACACUAGCCUGGGGUGUAUGCAAUCAUGCCUUUCAUUUGCAUUGUAUUACCCGUUGGCUCAAAACCCGACAGGUCUGUCCAUUGGACAACAAAGAAUGGGAAUUCCAGCGCUACGGCCAUUGAAAAAACAACAACAUCGGGUGUCCCGUAUAGUCUCCCGGAACCCCCCUAUACUACCUGUCCUUCUAUUCAUCGUCCAAUACACCCACACAUUUCAACA